CCUUUGACAUCAUCAAGCUCUCCUUCUGAGAACUUGAACAAUGCUUUCCAACUUGCUGUCUAAACUUGACUACAUCUUCUGGGCGUUUACAGUCUUAUUCACUUUUGAGGUCAUGUUUUUGCCACAAAACCAUCAUCUCUAAAUAAUACUCAUUAGCACUGCGAUUCUCUUGUUUCAAUUGUUAUUGCUUUGUCUUAAUCUCAAACACUUGGGAUGUAUUUUCCCUAUCUGAAUAUGAAUCACGGACAGCUUCCCAAUCUCAAAUGCAGUGGUAGGAACAUGAAACUCUUCUUGAUAUGAAACAGGAGGGAAGAGAUGUACAGGAUGACGCAGGAGAACAAGAUGAAGACUGGAACUAGGUAACGUAGACACUACGAGCUUCAGAUCAAAAGAACUUAUAGGGACAAUGGUGAGCAGCAAUGUAGAAGACAACAGUACUAUCAAGGAAGAAGCGUUAGAAAAACUGUGUGCUGAUGAGAUUAGUAGAAGACGAGAGCUUGAAGAGCUAUUGGCUACAGAAAAGCAAGAAUUACAAAAACUGAAAGACCAACAAGACGAAAUCAUGGGCGAACUGCGAAUGAUCCAAGAUCAAAAUUCAGCUCUUAACGGCCAAGCUGUUGAGUCCCAGACUGUGGUGACAGAGUUGGAGGAGAAAAUUUUUUCAGCAGUGGAACUCUUGAUAAGCUUUAAGGACAAACGAGAUAAGUUAAAGAUUGAGCAUUCAAAUGCAGUCAGGGAAGUCAACAAGUUGAGGAAAUUUGUAAACAUGGAUACUGAAUAUCCUCAUGGAACAGAAUUUCCUACAUUUUCAUUCUUAGAGAUCAAUGAGGCAACUAAUGAUUUUGAUCCAUCUUGGAAGAUUGGAGAGGGAAGGCAUGGAAGUGUUUACAAAGGGAUGCUUCGCAAUAUGCAAGUUGCCAUAAAGAUGUUGCCCUCUUAUGGCUGUCAAAGUCAACUGGAGUUUCAACAUCAGGUUGAGGUUUUGAGCAGGGUAAGACAUCCAAGCCUUGUAACACUGAUUGGAAGCUGCCCAGAAUCUAGGUCACUUGUCUAUGAUUACCUUAAUAAUGGCAGCCUUGAGGACCAUCUUGCCCGCAAAGAGAAGACUCCACUUCCUUGGCAAAUUCGAAUUUCCAUUUCUGCUGAUAUAUGCUCUGCUCUUAUCUUCCUUCACUCCGGCAGGCCUUCUAUAAUCCAUGGGAAUUUGAAGCCCAGUAAAAUUCUCCUUGAUGUAAACUUUGUUGCCAAACUUUGUGAUUUGGGCAUUUCUUCUUUAGUCCAGCGCAGUGGGCAUUCAGCUGACAGUAACACAACAGUUGACAAAGGAAAUGAAAGUUUGGUGUAUGUGGAUCCAGAAUUUCUUCUCACUGGGAAGCUCACACCAGAAUCCGAUGUGUAUUCAUUUGGAAUCAUAUUGUUACAACUUUUAACUGGCAGGCCUCUUUCAGGAAUAGUAAGGGAUACAAAAUGUGCAUUGGAGAAGGAAAAUCUCAAAGCGGUAUUGGACACUUCAGCUGGAGAAUGGCCACUUUAUCAAGUCGAACAGCUAGCAUAUUUGGCAUUGAGGUGUUCUGAGAAGACUCCGCUGAACCGGCCAGACCUUUUGUCAGAAAUCUGGAGUGCCCUCGGACCAUUACGAACUUCAUGCAGUAAUAUGUCACUAUUUUCUACUUCCAAGAAGCUUCACCGCCCUCCUUCUCACUUUGUCUGCCCCAUAUUUCAGGAGGUCAUGAAAGAUCCUUAUAUAGCUGCAGAUGGCUUUACAUAUGAAGAAGACGCAAUAAGAGGAUGGUUGGAUAGUGGUCACAACACCUCGCCAAUGACAAACCUGAAACUUGAACACACCAACCUGGUGCCUAAUUAUGCAUUACUUAGUGCGAUUCAGGAGUGGAAGCACCUGCAAUAACAUAUUUGCCCUUGAUCAAUUUUGCAUGCACUUGUGUAUAGUGGCAUAUUUACUGGUUCUGUUAUAUAUUAAUCCAUUAUUGUACUGUAAUUCUGCCCAUGUAAUUGAUUUAGCAGAAUAUACCUUUCAUUUGCUAUCACAUGGUACACCUCAAUCUGUCGAUAGCAGGUCUAUAGGUAUCA